AUGGCAGUGGCAGAGGCACAGCUGUAUGCAAAGGUGUCCAACAAGCAGCGGGGCAGGAGCACCUCUGGCCUCCUCGAGCCUCUCCUGGCCAAAGGAUUCCCGGCUCAUAUCGCGCAAAAAGCCUUGGUUGCUACUGGACAAAAGACAACAGAAGAUGCAGCAAAAUGGCUGCAUUCCCACUGCAAUGACCCCUCCCUGGAUGACCCAAUCCCCCAGGAAUAUGCCCUUUAUUUGUGCCCCACGGGCCGCCUGCACAGCCGCCUGCAGGAAUUCUGGAAGGAGAGCAAGCGCCAGUGUGGCAAGAACAGAGCCCACGAGGUUUUCCCACACAUCACCCUCUGCGACUUCUUCCCGUGUGAAGACCAGAAAGUGGAAUUGUUGUAUGACGUCCUAAAGCGAAUUGGUGACAGAUUUUCCCAGAGCUUCCCAGCAUCCAUUUCCCUAACACUACAUGCAUCCCACAGCUACCUUGGCUUCUUCAUUGAUGACAGCCAGGCAAACAUCCUCAAAGAGUUUGCUGUGGCAUUCUCAUCAGAGGCUUCAGCCCUGGCAGACUGCCACGUGAAGCCCUCCUUGAAGCAGUUCCACCUUACCUUGGCUCACAGGUUUUAUCCUCACCAUCAGAAGACUUUGGAACAACUGGCCAAGUGCAUUAACCCAAAGGAGCCCUGCCAGUGGGUGGCUGCUCUCUAUUCACGGGACAUGCGUUUUGUGCAUUACCAGAGGCUCAGGGCCCUGUUCCAGUACAAGCCCCAGAACAUUGACGAGCUCAUGAUCAACGCUGGGGACCUGAUCUACGUGGACCCGAGGCAGCAGGGUGAUGUGAGCGAGGGCUGGGUGGUCGGCACCUCGCACCGCACCGGCUGCAGGGGCUUCCUCCCCGAAAACUACACCGAGAGAGCCCACGAGGCAGACACCUGGGUCAGGCACAGGGAAUAUGUCUUUGACACAGCUUCAAGAUCCUUUAACAAGACUGAAAAAGAUCCCAAUAUAAAGCUAAAUGGGGAAGCCCAUAAUCUCAGUGGAUCAAGGAGUGUAACCAAUGUUGUUUCUCUUCAGAACGCUGCCCUGCAGAGAGGGGUGCUGGUGAUGCACCACGGGGAAAGAGUGGAUCAGGUCUUUGGCAAAUCUUGGCUUCAGCAGUGCCUGACUGCAGAUGGGAAAUACUACAGAGCAGAUCUGAACUUCCCCUCCUCCCUGCCGAGGCGGAAAGACAGCAUGAAGCAGUUUGAAAAUGAUCCUCCUUUAUCUUGCUGCGGUAUUUUCCAGUCAAGGCUUAUAGGGGAAGCUCUGCUGGACCAGGAGGUGACAGUCAGCCACGUGUACUCAUCCCCUGCCCUGUGCUGUGUGCAGACAGCUCAGCACGUACUGCAGGGGCUUAAAUUAAAUCCAAAAGUCAGAAUCAGGGUGGAACCAGGACUGUUUGAAUGGACCAAGUGGGAAGCAAGCAAAGCAAUCCCCAGCUUCAUGACUAUGGCAGAACUGGUGGAGGCAUCUUACAACAUAGAUACAAGUUACAGGGGUAACUUCCCACUCUCUUCUCUGGUGCCAUCAGAAAGUUAUGAAGACUAUGUCAGCAGAAGCUCUGCGGUUAUAAAACAGAUCAUCAGUGCCUGCCCCAGCAAAGGUGUCAUCCUCAUCGUGGGCCACGGCUCCUCCUUGGCACCUCUCACCCGAGCACUCACAGGGCUCCCCGACAGAGACAGCAGAGACUUUGCCCAGAUGGUGCAGAAGAUCCCUUCCCUGGGCAUGUGUUUCUGUGAAGAACAGAAAGAGGACAACAAAUGGCAGAUGGUCAACCCACCAGUGAAAACAUUAACUCACGGAGCAAAUGCAGCAUUUAACUGGAGAAAUACUAUCAUGGAAGAUUAGAAGGUCAUCUCUGCCUUUGCAGUUGUCAAAAAGGAACCAAAGGCAGGUUAUGGCUCAUCACAGUACAGUGACUCAUCCAGAAGACACACAGAGGGUGGGAAAUGCCCUCUCUCAGUUGUCAAAGCACAGAAAAACACUUCUGAGUUUGGUGUCUGGAUUUUGUUUUUAUUUUGAUGACUGAGAAGAAUGAACUUAUGAAGUGGCGUUCAAGUGAGAAAUAACACUUCUGGUGGUGGUGAGGAAAGUACCUUUUAACCUUUCCUGAAAAUACAAACGUUUAAUAAAUAUGGAUGUAACUAUCUGAUUAUAAAUUCCACUCCAAGAGGCACUGAAGUAAACAAUGUUGUAUUUUUAAGACCGAACUACAUCCAGCAAGAAUUCUCCCUUUUUUUUUUUUCUUCUUCAGUCGCUUGGAUAUUUUCAGACAACAGAAAAACUAGAACUGAAAAAAGUCAGCUCCUACCCAAAGAGGCAAAGAGGGGACCAGCUCUAGCUAAAGCCACUGUGUUUCCUGUUCACUCCAUCAGUUCUGUGAGAGCAAAUACCAUACUGACUCUUUAUUUACCUCUUCUAUGGAGGGAGUCCAUUUUCUAUCACAUCAGCUCCUCAUCCGGCAAUUCUCAAGUGAUGCAUAUUGCAAAAGGGUCUAAAUUAUUCAUUUUUGAAGGGAAAUGAACCGAUUGCUUUACUGUUUCUGGGACAAAGAAAGAUGCCCUGUGUUACUGUACUGGUGACAAAACUGUGACAUGAGCAACCUUAACUCUGAACCCUUCCUGAAGUGGCACUUGCAGCACAACAGAUUUGCUUUGUGCUGGUUAGUGUUGAAUUUAUUAAUGGUGACCCUCCUUCCAAUUGGGUCACCUGGAAAGUUUCUGCAGCUCUUCUCCAGAUGAUGUGUUUAAUUAAGGGAAUGUAGCCCUGAAAUUUUAUGCACAAUCAGGAACAUGCCUUUCCCCUGUCUGUUUUUCUCCUGCUUUUUCUUUCUGGUAAUCAGAUAACUGCCUCCAGGAAAGUACAGUGUUUCUUUCAAUGAAAGGAAAAAAUGAAAAUGUUUCUCUCAGA